AUGGCUGCAUCCUCAGAAUUCCCCUCACUGGAAGAGUUUGUAAUGGAAGCCAGUGUUUUGUCUUGGACAGAGGCUGAGCAACUCUGUCGCACACUCUCCAAGUUACCUUCAACACCUCCCCUGCUCCGGACCCUACAGCUUGACUUUCUUCAUUGCUACUUCAACCUUGAUAAUAAACCGUCCUUUGGAAGCCAUGGCAAGUUGACUACACGUCUGCUCACGGAUAGAGAAACGGUACCCAGUGUCUUCCGUGCUCUCUCGAUGGUCCCUGCUUUCGAUUCAUUCCAACAUACCACCCUAGAAUCAUCGAACUUGACCCGGUCUCGUUUAGCAGAUGCUGAAGCUAAUGCCAGUAUCCUCUUCCCCAUGCUCCCUCACAUUGAGCGAGACUCAUGGGACUUCGAAAUUUACUUUGUGAAGCAGUGGGAUGAGGUUAACAGCUAUCUCGAUCUUUUGAAUGGAAGCCCCGAGUCUGAGGAGACGGACUGA